AUGUGGAAGAUAAAAGCUCAGCUGCAGGAGCAGCAGGCGAACGCCCAGGCUGGUCCGCGGAAAGUUCCAGAAGGAUUCAAGCAGGUUGAAAAGGGCAAGCCGCUGUACUACAAUGACAAGCGACAGGUUUAUUGGAAUUCUGAUGAUGGCUUGACGUACGUUUACGAUGCUGUCAUGCAGAAGUACUCGUUGCCUAGCUCUCAGCAUCCAGCGCUAUACGACGGCCAGCCCCAUGAUGUUCGGUUCGCCGUCGGGGCCUGCUUCCAUGAGAAGGCCAAGAAGCCUCAGGAAGGCCAAAAGAGUUCUGUGAAGCUGGCGCUGGCGAUGCAGGCCUCUCAAGUUCGACAUGUGCUGGUGAAAGACCUGGCCAAAGCAGCACAGGCGAUGCGCAUGUCGAUUGAACAUCUCGACAGGCCAUGUGCGCUGUACGCACUGUACGAGGGCCACAGAGGUCGGCCAAGCUCAGGAACUGCAAAUGCUUGCGCGGAGUUCUGUGUCAAGCAUCUACAUCAGAAACUGCUUCCAAAGCUUUCAGCUUUUCGUGGAUUCUGGGAGGAUACCCGUCUACAGGUGGCAAUGCGAGAAAGCUUCGAGGAGCUGGAUGCCGAGUUCAUAGAGAAGAAUCCGGGAGUUCCAGAUGGAUGUUGUGCGGCAGUGGCCCUGGUCUCGGGACAUCGUGUAGUCAUUAGCACACUGGGUGAUGUUGCGGCUGUGGUGUGCAUGCGAAAUGGAGAAGCACUGGAGUUUCUCAAACCGCAUGUCGCACCUGGCUUCGAUGAGGAUGAAGACGAAGACGACGAGCCUCCUGACGCAGCACCACAAGGAGAGGCUCCAGCAAUACAGUGGACAAGAUCGCUGGGAGAUGCCGACUUCAAGAAGCAAAAUGCUUCUCCACAACUAUCGUCAUCACCAGAAACGAAGGUCUUGCAUUUAGAGUCUCCGCAUUUGGGCCUUGCGUUCGUGUGCCGAGCUCUCUACAAUUGCAUCGGCAAGAGUACUGCCGUGUCUACGGUGUCGAAGCGUUGUGCGCCCCGCGCCAGAAUGGCUGCGGGAGCUCUGGUCGAUGCCGCGGUGCAGUGGCUGGGGCAGGUUGGGGACCUUGGCCUCGGGUCUAUCGUCGUCUUCUUUGACAGGAUAGAAGAUGGGCCUGCCCACAAGCGGGCCAAAAAAGAGGACCCCAGCCAGGCCGACCGUCCGAAUGUGUCGACCGAGUCGAGUGGUUUCUGGAGACAGGCCGUGUGCUGGCAAACGUCCUUUUCGCAUUUCUGCGUCCCAGAGGUGCGAAACAAGCAGGAGAAGCUGAGCGAUUGCUGCGAGCAGUGCUGGAAGAAUGCCAGAACGAAGAUCUUCACCCAGCGCUGCAAGGAGCUGUCCGAGUGCCAGAGCUGCCUGAAGGCCGGAGAGCUGGUGGGUGACCUGAGCUGGGUCAAACCCGGCAAGUACGGCCAAGCAUUUGACGAUAUUGCGUUUUCGUUGUCUGUGGGUCAGCUCAGUGACCUCGCACGCAAGCUCAGUUGGAUCUACGUUUGGCGUACUGUGCAUGCGGGAGCAGUUGAAAUGUGUUAG